CGAGUUGGCGGCAGAUCUGCACUGUGCGCUAUGUUUCCGCAGUGAUUGAUGAACUGUAGUUGUUUUCGAGUUCUUCAGCACAAUGCAACUGGCCACAGAGUGCUGACUUUGAUUACUAAUAUAUCACGUCUUGUCCCAUAUCUCUAUUAAUGACGGGAGUUCGGAGAGUCGCAAUAACUGGUUUGGGGGUCUGUACACCUUUGGGUUUCAGUGUAUCAGAAUUAUGGGCGAAUCUUUUGAAAGGCUCUUGUGGAAUAUCAAAGACGCUUGUCAGGUUUUUGGGAGCAUCGAUAAUCAAAAAUUGGAAGAACGAAAGUCUUUUGUAGAGUCUGAAGUCUAUAAGUCAUGUGGUUUGGAUAUUUCUAAUGAUUGGAGAUCUGUGUCACGUGCUAGUGCUCUAGGUAUUAUUGCAACUUAUGAAGCUUUCAAACAAGUGAAGUGGAAAGCAAACUCAGGUUAUCGAGCAGGUGUUUGCUUUGGAGUGGGGUUGGACGGUCCAAAUGAAGUUAUGAAUACAUCAUCAGGAAUUUUAGCCAAGAAAUACUCUAUUAUUGGGCCUCAUGCUUUAACAAGAACACUCGGUAAUAUCCCAGCUGCCAUAAUAAGUCGAAUUUGGGGACUACGAGGACCGUGUAUGACAGUCAACACCGCAUGCGCUGCUGGCCUACAUUGCAUUGGCGAAGGCUUCCGUAUGAUUCAGAAUAACGAAGCUGAUCUGGUUGUUACUGGUGCAUGUGAAUCUCCUUUGAAUGCCUGGAUAAUCGCUGCUUUUUGUCGACUACGUGCAUUAUGUACACAAUUUAAUGAUAAUCCUGAGAAAGCCUCCCGUCCAUUUGAUUCCUUGCGAAAAGGAUUUGUGUUAUCUGAAGGUGCAGCUACAGUUGUAUUACAGGCAUGGCCUCCUCCAGACAGUUUCUUAAUGGAAUCAUUUAUGGAAACACCAAAACCGAUAGCUGAAGUUAUUGGUUUUGGAAGAUCUGGAGAUGCACAUCAUUUGGUUGCACCUGAUACAACAGGAAAUGGAGUACUUCGAAGUAUGCUAAAUGCCUUCAAAGACUCAAAGCUUAAACAUUUCAAUCAAAUUGGACACAUAAAUUGUCAUGCAACAUCCACCCCUGUUGGUGAUUUAACAGAGCUGAGCGCUAUUGCACAAAUGUUUGGUGAAUAUUUUAAUCCUCAAUACCAUACACCUGUUGUAAUCAAUUCAAUUAAAGGUCACCUUGGUCACUGUUUGGCAGCAGCCGGUGCCAUAGAAACCGUGUACGCUGCUUUAUCUGUUAAUCAGAAUCAAAUUUGUGGAAACCUCAACCUGCAUAAUCCUAUCUCAAUUUCUGAGUUGUUGGAGGUUUUAAAAUCUAAUUCCAGUUCUUCAACUAGUAUAUCUUCUAAUGAAAAGUGUAUAGAUCUGUUUAGGAACUAUGCUGUACUUCCUAGACACGAUCAAACACAAGUUACGUGGCCCGAUAGUCAUCGACGUAUUGUUAUGACUAACUCAUCCGGAUUCGGUGGGACAAAUGGAACUCUUUUAAUUUCAGAAUGGACGGAUUAGUAUAAUAUGUAUCUCAUUGUAUUUUAUAGAUUCUAUCCAAUAAUUUUUCAUCAAUGAUUAAGUCUUUUCAGUGUUUGACAGCGGAGUUAAUGUUUGUUUGCAUAUAUUUAAUUAGUGAAUGCAGAUACUGCUGAGUGUUAAUUGGUUUACUUGCCAGACAAAUCCGAAAUUAAGAAAAUAAUUAAGACAGUCAUUCAAAUUUUUUAACUGCUUUACUUAGAUGUACAAAAGAAAUUAGAUUGUAAUCUCGUACACUUAAUCUUUAAAGCAAACGUGAACAUCUCGGUCAGAUUAAGAUUUGACGAACAACGUGAAUGCAUUCAGUUUUAUUAGUUCU